AUGGCGGUGCCAUGCCGUGGACAUGAGGGCAAGGUGGUGUGUGCGCGGGCGUGGUCAUGGCCACGACGAGGUUCACCGACGGCGUGGCGCCGAGGCAAGGCAGGGCCUUGUCAAGCGAUGGCAGUGGCUAGUGACAUGGGCAAGUGGAAGGGCUUGGUGCAUGGAAUCAAGGCGGAUCUCGACGCAGGGCUGGAAAGCGGCGCUGAGGCUCCAGGUGGCCGGCUGCGUUCCUGGGCGCCAUUGACCCGGCAAGGCAAGGCCGUGGCCGUGUUCGUGAGUGCGCAUGUCAGCAGGCCGGUGUCGCGAGGCGGUGCUGCAGCGCUUCUGGUGCUCGGCUCAUCGUGGGUGGCGCUCCAGCGCGGCGGUCGCGGGCUGCGCGACGAGGAAGGGCCCCUGGACGGCGAAGACUUGGUGACGCAGCGGUGUGCGUCGGCGUUCGCCGUCCGCAUGGUCGAGAUUCACUGGCUUUCUCAUUCUACUCUAUCCCGGUGCUCUCGACUCGAGUUCAGUCAGGUUCCCAAGGAGCCGCGGCCAGCGACCAAACACCCUCGUGCCUCCGCGGAAUCCAGGCCCCGCACCCCGCAAUUCAGUGCGGGAUUCUGCAGGACUGACCUGAUCCCUCCGUGCUCCGACUCGCCUGCUGCUGCUAGGAGCAAUCGCCGCCGCGAAUUCCACCAAGCUCCGGCAAGAACCAGUUCUUUCAUUCACGGCAGGAUGCGAGGAGUGCGGCGGAGCGCGCGCGGGGAAUCGUCCCGGAAGGCGGCGGACCGGGACCGGGAGGUGGAGCGGUUCACGCUGUGCGCCAAGAUGUCCCACCUCACCAGGACCACGUCGGAGCCGUGCCGCAGGACCCACGGCGCCGCUUCGGCGCUCCGGAAGAGGCCCUUCUCGGCGUUCGAGCUGGUGUCGGCGAGGGAGGCCGGCCUCGCGGACGGCGCCGGGUUCUCCGCGGCCGACCGAGCCUACCUCGGAAGGCAGCACAUCCCCACCAAGGGGCCCUGGGGCGUCGACGACGUGGACAGCGAGGCCUACGUCUCGCAGUUCUCCGCUGAUGGAUCGCUGCUCAUCGCUGGGUUUAGGGGAAGCCGCAUCAGAGUCUACGACGCCGAGAAAGGGUGGAAGAUUCAUAAGGAUAUAAGCUGCAGAAUGGUGCACUGGACGGUUUCAGACAUUGCUCUCUCACCUGACCAACGAUUCCUUGCCUAUGCAAGUUUGUCGCCUACUGUUCACAUUGUGAACGUGCAGAGUGCUGGAAAAGAAUCACAUGCUAAUAUUACUGAAAUUCAUGAGGGAUUGGAUUUAACUGGUGGUGAUGAGGAUGAGGACUUUGGAAUAUUUUCUGUUAAAUUCUCAAAAGAUGGUAAAGAAAUUGUUGUUGGGAACAAUGAAAGGUCAAUAUAUGUUUAUGACCUUGCAACAAAUAAAGUGUCAGCCCGCAUCCGUGCUCAUAAAGCUGAUGUCAACGCUGUUACCUUCGCUGAUGAAAGUGGAAAUGUGUUGUACUCUGGAAGUGAUGAUAGUUUCUGUAAGGUGUGGGACAGACGUUGCCUUUCAGGGGAAAAGUCAGCAGGUACUUUGACAGGUCAUUUAGAUGGAGUUACAUUUAUCGAUAGUCGUGGUGAUGGGCGCUAUUUCAUCUCCAAUUGCAAGGAUCAGAGAAUCAAACUUUGGGACAUCAGGAAAAUGUCUUCCGUCGUGAGAGCUCGCCCAGUGAGUCUAGUGGACUGGGACUACAGGUGGAUGCCAUUUCCAUCAGCAGCCCACUAUAUUAAGCAUCCAGAUGAUCAGUCUGUGGCCACAUACAGAGGCCAUUCAGUUCUGCGAACACUUAUCCGUUGCUAUUUCUCCCCUGUGCACAGCACGGGUCAGAGGUACAUAUACACAGGAUCCAGUGACAAGUCUGUACAUAUUUAUGAUGUGGUAAGCGGGAAGACUGUCAAGAGGCUUUCGUGGCAUGGCUCGAUCAUCAGAGACUGCGCCUGGCAUCCAUACUACCCAACGCUCGUAAGCUCCUCCUGGGACGGCUAUGUUGCCCGCUGGGAGGCAUCGGGCGACGACGACGACCCUUCAGUGCUCGUCCACGACGAGAAGAGGGCAACCCCUUACUUCCGGAGAUACGCCGAUCCCUUCACAGAUCCCUUCAUGUAG